CUAGUCACUAGUCAAAAUCAGCUGCUACUUAAUGACAACACUAAACAUUUUUGCAUUGUUUUCAAAUACAUUAUUGCCCCUUAAACAAACAAACUGAGACUAUUGUAAGAUAAAUUAAUCUCAAGAACAGGCGAAAUCCUGAUAUCGGAUCAUAAAUGAUAUUAAUGACCUAUCAACAGGGAGAUGAGACUGAGAAAUUAACCGGUUUUUAAUUGUCUUUCUAAAUCUCCUCAUGCCUCAUUGCAAGUAGAUACCGGGCCUUUGAAUAUAAUUAUAAACAUUUAAAGAUGUUUAAUUGAUUGGAAAUGGUCUAAUUUUGCAUAGUCAUUGCAUUGUUGCUCGGGACAGGUACUGAUCUUAUUCGAACUGAGUGAGAUGCUUACAAUCAACCAGUUUAUUCAAUUCAUCAAAGACAACACAAUUGACUAUGUCGAUUUUGACUAUUCCCUAUGGUUAACCUGGUGCUUAACACCCCUGGUGGUUACAUUCCUGCUGCCUGUAGUAAUCGCUCUAUUGCUCUAUCUAAGCGCAUUCACAUUGUACAUUUAUAAGCUGCAUUGGGGCCGGCUGCGAACCGCUUUAAUCACUGGAGAUAAAUGGGAGGCCGCUCGAAAAGUUGUGGCAAUUAUUUGGGAUGCACAUGGCUGGAUUUGGCAUGGAUACGAAAUUAGUGGCCUAGAAAAUUUGCCGGUAAAUGGACCAGCUCUCCUUAUUUAUUAUCAUGGAGCGAUGCCAGUGGAUAUUUACUAUUUCUUAGCGAAAGUUUACCUUUCGAGGAACAGAAUCGUUCAUACUGUGGCUGAUCACUUUCUAUUUAAAAUACCAGGUUUCAGUAUACUUUCCGAUUGUAUGAGAGUGAUACCGGGAACUGUCCAGUCUUGUUCCAAGCUGUUGAAAGAAGGAAAUUACCUGGCUAUCGCUCCUGGUGGCGUAUAUGAGGCGCAAUUUAGUCUCAAUUAUAGCUUAAUGUGGAAGCGACGGUUGGGCUUUGCCAAAGCGGCUUUAGAGUCUAAAGUUCCGGUGAUUCCAAUAUUUACUGAAAACUUGCGGGAAGCCUUUCGCACCAUGCAUUUAGGGCGCAGGUUGUUUUUAAAACUAUACACAUGGACUAAAUUACCAUUUGCCCCAAUUUACGGGGGAUUUCCAGUCAAGAUGGUAACACAUAUAGGACGGCCUAUUUACUACGAGCCUGAUCUGUCGCCGGAAGAUUUGCAGAUGAAGGUAGCCGCUUCACUGGAAGAACUGAUCAAGACACACCAAAGGAUACCGGGCAAUAUUUUACUAUCCAUUCUAGAUAGAAUACCAUAUCUUAGAAAACGCCUUAAAUCAGGCAUAGUGCAUCGCUUUGUUUAAAUUAAUGGAGUUAUACCAAGGUGUGCUUUAGGUUACAUGUACGGGGAUUUCCUUAUACGUAAUUUACAGAAACGCUUUAAUGAUCAACUAUUUUGUAUACCGUAUUUUAGGUGAGUUGCAAACGGAACUUGAAUGACGUACUUAUUUUUAUUGACCUUUUACUUUAUCCGAUAUUUUUCCAGACAGUUUAUUUGUUCUGUUUGCCUUUUUAAAGCAAAUAAUUUCUCAAGAUAAAUAUACAUAUUUAUUGUUUA